ACUGACGUCACUGAAUAUUUCAAACUCCAGACGAGCGGGAACCAACGGAGACAGCAAACUUUGUCCCCAGUGUGUACAGUGACACAGCAGUGUAGCUGGGGAUGAGCGUAUUGCAUACAGCUUCAAAGAGCAAAAGGAUCACACCUGUAUUUCUACAGGUCUACCUCUAUUUGAAUUCCGAAAGCAUUGUUACAGGUGCCAAAUGCCAUCCCUUCAGAGACAAAGAACAUGAUGCUGAUGGGAAACCACAUAUUGAAAAUAAACACCAGGACAUUUCCGAGGUUUAAGAGUAUUGUUUCCCUGGACUGUCCUACAGCUGGCUGCACGAAGUAGAAGGGAACACAUUCACUUACAUGCACACUCUGGAGCACCUGACUCUUCAGCAGCACCACUCUGUGCUAAUGGUGGGAUCCCAGGCCUUCUACCCACUUUAUAAGCUGAAGUCUCUGAGAAUCGGCAAAAUCCAAACACAAGACAUGAAGACUAUAUUCUUUGAUCUACGAAAUAGCCAGCUGGAUACUCUGGGUCUGUACAGAAUAGAUUUUGAGACAAUGAGGAAGCCCAUGUUUGAGGACGUUGGCCAGUGCCCCCUGAAUACCUUGGAGAUAUUUUCCUCAUCCAUAAACCUGAUAGAUGACUCUGCCUUUUCUGAUCUGAAGGACUUGAGAGAGCUUCUGGUGAAAGAGUCCUCAAUAAAAACCAUUCACCCGAAUGCUUUGAUGAAACUGCAUGCCCUUGAGUCCUUGACCCUAGAGGGGUGUUCCCUGGACCAGGUGCCACGUGGUGUCCUGUAUUCCCUGACCAACCUGCAGGUUCUUAAUUUAAGAAGAAACAUGCUGCAGACCCUCCCAGCAGAGCUGUUCAAAUACAAUGGGAAGUUGCUCCACAUCGACCUCAGUCUCAACCGUCUCCAGACUCUGCCCGAAGGCAUCUUCAGACUCCCGUCCACUCUUUACGUGAACCUCAGCGGGAACUAUUUCACUUGCGACUGCAGCCUGGCCUGGGCUUCUUUCUGGGUGAAGUCCUUGGGAAACACAACCAAUGCAGAGGAUUUCAUGUGCUUCGCCCCUGUAGAGCUUCGUGGCAAGCAUUUGAAGGAUUUUAAUCCCAUAUGCAUUCCUGAAUAUGUAUGGUAUAUUCUCAUAGUCAUCCUCGGAAUGACUGUCUUGUCGAUUGUGGUUGUCCUGCUUUAUGUGUACCGUUGGAAGAUCUACUAUCAGUGGUACCUGCUGUUGUCCAAGAGGAAAGACACAGAAGUCUGGGAGAACAACCCCAGGUUUAAGUAUGAUGCUUUUGUUGCCUACUGCGAGAGGGAUUUUGAAUGGGUAGUCCAUGAGUUGAUUCCUAACCUAGAGAACAAUGCCGGUCUUCCGAACAUGAAAUUGUGUGUGCCGGACAGAGACUGGGAGCUGGGAGGCAACAUCCUGGACAACGUGGAGAGCAGCAUUCAGAGAAGCAGGAGGACCAUCUGUGUGAUAUCCACGAACUUCCUGAAGAGUGAGUGGUGCAAGCUGGAAAUGAGCCUGGCACACAUGCAGCUCUUCUCAGAGAACAGAGAUGUCUUGGUUUUCGUAUUCUUGGAGAAGAUCCCUGUUGAAAGGUUGUCCCAGCAGCAGAAGCUCCGCAGGGAAAUGUGUAAGAAAUCCUGCCUCGACUGGCCGGGAGGAGAAACAACUGCUCAGAAAGUCUUUUGGGAGAAACUCAGAUCUCUCAUUUUCAAAAACCCUGUGGUCCAACAAAUUUAAACUAAAUGAAAAAUCUACAGUGGUUCAUUAACAACAGUGGCAAAAAAAAUAGAAAUGUGUUAUGUUAAGACAAUUGAAACCAUUAUCCCAGGAUAAAUUAUAAAACAUAAAUAAGUGGUUAUAAAAAUAGCAUAAAACAAAAAUAUAACAUAACUUAUGCAAUGUGAAAGUGCUUUGAGUGAAACAGUUCAAAGUGUCGCAGGUGACGCUGAACUAGUUAUUCCAUAUAGUAAAACAUUAGACUCUAUUGCAUGGAGGAUCUCAGUAAGCUACAGUAAAUGGUUCAUCAAAUGAAACAGAUUCAGUUAUGUUAAGUUUGCUACUGAUGUGGAAAAGAACAGUAAUUGGAUA